AAACGCGCGCGUGAACAUAGAGCUCAAACUCCGCGCGGCCAUGUGGAGAAUCAUCACGUACCUAAACAGCCCCGAGCUGGUGGUGGGUUUUCAGCGACUCUGCGGCCUGGUACCAGCAGAGUCAUUCUCGCAUGUUAUUCAAAACGGUAUGGUGAACGCGAAUGGAUCCGUUAAGGAGGCACCGUUGACGACACACCGGCGCAAAGCGGAGCAGGUGGCGAACGGGUCACGCGCACACGACAGCAACUCCAACUAUAAAUCCGCCGAUUCACAGAAUGACAACAAAGUCGAAGAUCGUCCCAGGCCACAUUAUAAGGUGAAAAACUGGCUUUUCUACUUCCUGUUUGUGACGUCGGCCACUCUGGGCCAUGAAGUCUUUUACAUCACCUUCCUUCCCUGCAUCCACUGGAACCUCGACCCGUUUCUGUGCAGGCGGCUCGUCAACAUGUGGGUUGUGGUGAUGUACAUAGGGCAGGUGAUGAAGGAUGUUUUAAAGCUGCCGCGUCCUCCGUCUCCCCCUGUGGUCAAACUGGAGACGCGUGUGGAUGCAGAGUACGGGAUGCCGUCCACACACGCCAUGGCGGCCACAGCCAUUUCAUUCACACUGCUUCUCAGCGCAGAGGAGAGAGUGCAGUUCCCGUUUGAGCUGGGAUUGGCUGUGGCUGUGCUCAUGUCUGCGCUGGUGUGUCUGAGUCGUCUGUACACCGGCAUGCACUCUGCUCUGGAUGUGAUUUGUGGUGUUGCAAUUUCAGCCGUCAUCAUUGCUGUUUCAUACCCAUAUUGGGGAACCAUCGACUACUUGCAGCUUCACAACCCGGUCUCCCCCGUGGUGGGAAUGGUUCUGCCCUUGUUCCUAGCCUACAAAUACCCCGAGCUGGACCACUACAGCACCACACGGGGGGACACCACAAUUAUUUUAGCAUGCAGUGCUGGAUGUUCAGUCGGAUACUGGGUUAAUGAGCGAUUGGGGUUGACCUUUUACCUCACAGGCCCUUUUCCAGUCACCCUACCACCUCUCACACUGGCAGCUUUGGGUUGUGGAUUUGCUCGGUUUGUGAUUGGAGUGUUAAUGCUGGUUCUGACCAGGCAAACGGUGCGUUUUGUGAGCCUGAGGGUGCUUUGUUGGAUUUUCGGAGCUUCUGUGAGCGACCCUGAAGCACGCAAGAGGAAAGAGAUUGAAGUGCCGUAUAAGUUCAGCACAUAUGUGGCCAUCGGAUUGGUCAACAGCAUCCUGGUGAACAGAUUGUUUGUGAAGAUGGGACUCUGGGAUUUGGGAGAUUCUGUGUAAUUUCUCAGCGUUUACAGGCAAGUUUGAGCAGAAUCCCAUUCCGUGAUUUAUUCUCAGGGAGAAUUAUUUUUAGGUGUUUGUUUAGGAAUGGUGAGCGCUUCUAAAUUCUCAGGAAAUAUUAAACAUACUAGAUAAAACAUCAGUUUUUUAUUAGAUUUGGAAAUGAUAUAUAGCUCAAUAAUUAAUAUUGAAUAAUGAAUAUUAUAUUUUUCCUACUUGGAAAUGAGAUUUUGCACUGAAAUUAAAUAUGUAAAUUAGAUGCUGGACUUCUUAGUCUGUCAAAAAUUUUGCGCCUUAAAGAGGUAUUUCACCCAAAAAUGAAAAUGUACUCAUUAAUUACUCAUUUAUAAGUUUAUUUCUUCUGUUAAACACAAAAGAAGAUAUUUUGAAGAAUGCUGAAAACCUGUAACCAUUGACUUCAAUAGUACUUGUUUUUCCUACUAUGGAAGUCAGUGGUUACAGGUUUCCUGCUUUCUUCAAAAUUAUUAAUAUUGAAUAAUGAAUAUUAUAUUUUUCCUACUUGGAAAUUAGAUUUUGCACUGAAAUUAAAUAUGUAAAUUAGAUGCUGGACUUCUUAGUCUGUCAAAAUUGUUGCGCCUUAAAGGGGUAGUUCACCCAAAAAUGAAAAAGUACUCAUUAAUUACUCAUUUAUAAGUUUAUUUCUUCUGUUAAACACAAAAGAAGAUAUUUUGAAGAAUGCUGAAAACCUGUAACCAUUGACUUCAAUAGUACUUGUUUUUCCUACUAUGGAAGUCAGUGGUUACAGGUUUCCUGCCUUCUUUUAAAUAUCUUAUUCUUUAUUUAACAAAAGACAAACUCAAACACAAAAGAAGAUAUUUUGAAGAAUGCUGAAAACCUGUAACCAUUGACUUCAAUAGUACUUGUUUUUCCUACUAUGGAAGUCAGUGGUUACAGGUUUCCUGCUUUCUUUUAAAUAUCUUAUUCUUUAUUUACCAAAAGACAUAAACUCAAAAGAAGAUAUUUUGAAGAAAGCUGAAAAUCUGUAACCAUUAACUUCCAUAGUAGGAAAAGUAAGUACUAUGUAAGUCAAUGGUUACAGGUUUCCAGAAUACUUCAAAAUAUCUUCUUUUGUAUUUAUGAGGUUAUUUCUUCUGUUAAACACAGAAUAAUAUAUUUUGAAGAAAGCUGAAAACCUGUAACCAUUGACUUCUAUAGUAGGAAAAGUAAAGCAGGUCGCACACCGGAAGUGCCGCAACAUGGCACGCACAUGACAGUUAAAAGUAUCACACACCAGACGCGGACAUUCAUAUAUUUAAUAUGAAACUAAUCAGAUGGCGCUCUGUGGCGCGGCAGAGAAAUGAACAGUAUCCUGAGUCGUGGCUGGGCGCCGCGGACAGCUGCCGAUUUGCGGCGCCGGUGUGUGUACCCUGAUUGAAACCUAUGUUUAGAAUUCUGAAAUGUAUGGCGCUGCGUGGCGUUACAUGGUGCACCGCCGAGCGGAGCUUCUGGUGUGUGACCUGCUUAAGUACUAUGUAAGUCAAUGGUUACAGGUUUCCAGAAUCCUUCAAAAUAUCUUUUGUAUUUAUGAGUUUAUUUCUUCUGUUAAACACAGAAUAAGAUAUUUUGAAGAAUGCUGGAAACCUGUAACCAUUGACUUUCAUAGUACUUGUUUUUCCUACUAUGUAAGUCAAUGGUUACAGGUUUCCAGAAUCCUUCAAAAUAUCUUUUGUAUUUAUGAGUUUAUUUCUUCUGUUAAACACAGCAUAAGAUUUUUUGAAGAAUGCUGGAAACCUGUAACCAUUGACUUUUAUAGUACUUGUUUUUCUUACUAUGUAAGUCAAUGGUUACAGGUUUCCAGCAUUCAUCAAAAUAUCUUCUUUUGUGUUCGACAGUUUAGAACGAGUAAAGUGAGAGUAGGGGACAGAACUUUCAUUUUUUCAUAGUAGGAAAGUCAACUACGAUGGAAGUCAAUGGUUACAGGUUUCCAGAAUACUUCAAAAUAUCUUUUGUAUUUAUGAGUUUAUUUCUUCUGUUAAACACAGCAUAAGAUAUUUGGAAGAAUGCUGGAAACCUG